CCUGUCAAGGUGCUGUCACGAUUCACCGUCCGCGUCAAAGCUCAACCCCUAAAACGUGUCCGUUCGCCAAUACCACUCAAAGGUUAAUAUACUUGUUCGUUCAAGUUCGGACUUUAAACUUACACACACACAAGUUUUAGCUAUGGCCGGUUCUGCUCUGAGGCGUCUGAUGGCCGAAUACAAACAAUUGACGUUGAACCCGCCGGAAGGUAUCAUCGCCGGUCCAAUCAACGAAGACAACUACUUCGAAUGGGAAGCUCUCAUUACCGGACCUGAAGGAACUUGUUUCGAAGGCGGCGUGUUCCCGGCAAAAUUGGUUUUCCCGUCAGACUAUCCUUUGAGUCCGCCAAAGAUGACGUUCACGUGCGAAAUGUUUCAUCCAAACAUUUAUUCCGACGGACGAGUGUGCAUAUCGAUUCUUCACGCGCCCGGAGACGAUCCGAUGGGCUACGAGUCCAGUUCGGAAAGAUGGAGUCCGGUGCAGAGCGUUGAAAAAAUUCUUCUGUCUGUAAUAAGCAUGUUGGCCGAGCCGAACGACGAGAGCGGAGCAAAUGUGGACGCGGCCAAGAUGUGGCGUGAAAAUCGCACCGAGUUCAACAGUAUCGCCGAGAAAUUGGUGAGGAAAACUUUGGGAUUACCUACGAAUCUGUAACAAAAUGUGUCGAUAAACAAAACAAAAAAUUGGUAUUGCGGCUCAGAACGAUCAACGAUAAUUCACAAAAUGUUGUGUACAUAAUAAUAUGUUAACUAAUAAUAUAUCUAAUUGUAAACCAAUAAGUUACUUGUUUUAUAUUUUAUAAAUAUUACAUAUAUAUAUAUUUUAUCAUUUUAAAUCUAUUGUAUGAAUUUUCACAGGAAUUUUGUUCAAAUUUUUAUUAUUAUUGUUAUAAGGGCAACAAAAUAAAUGUACAAAAAAAU